UUUCCAAGGAGCCCCCGCGCCGCCCGCGGAGCGAUCCUAGGCUUUGCGUCCGGCUGCGCCUCUAGGCGAGUCGUGAGUGGACGUGGAGCGCGUGCGCGAGGUCCCGGGGAGCCGCGUGGGCUGUGGGGGCCCGGUGGGCGCAGGAGGCCGGCCGGGGACCGUGCUGCCGCCGCCCGCCCUGCGAACCCGCGCGGGGCGCGGAGGCCCGGCCGUGGGCGCGCUUGCCUUACCGCUGCCUUUGUGACGGUGCCGCUCCCCCGGCGACGCUCCCGGUGCUGCGCCUGCAGGUGCCGAUCGCAGCUUCUCCUGCCCGGGGUCUCCCGUCACUCAGGAAGCAUCGUCAGGACUUAGGAGGGCAUGGAGGCUGAGUUGCUAACCGCCCGGUCCCACACACUGGUGACCUUCAAGGACAUACUCGUGAACUUCACCAGGGAGGAGUGGAAGCUGCUGGAUCCCUCUCAGCAGCUCAUGUACAGAGAUGUGAUGCUGGAGAACUACAGAAACCUGGUGUCCUUGGGGCGUCAGCUUCCCAAGCCAGAUGUGAUCCUGCGGCUGGAGAAAGGGGAGGAGCCGUGGCUGGUGGAGAGAGGGGUUCGCCAAGAGACCCAUCCAGAUUUGGAGACUGCAGUUGAAAUUAAAUCAUCAACUUCUGUUAAGAGUGUUUCUAAAGAUAAACACUCCCAUGAUGUUAAAAUGGAAAGAGUGGCAAAGAGUAAUCUCUGGUAUUUUUCGCUGGAAGAAGUCUGGACAUGCGAAGGUCAGCUGGGCAGGCCCCAAGACAGCCAGGAGAGACAACUGAGGCAACCGUCGGGUCCUGUCAGCCCCGCAGGGCGCGCAGAGCUGGCCGUGGGGAUGGCUACCAGGGUCCGCACAGCUGCCAUCUGGGUCCCACCUCUCCAGGAGCGAGACAGCUCAUGUGAUGGGAUCAGAAAGCUCCAAGGUGAGGAGUCCAGCCUGUGGCCAGAGACCCCUGACCAGAGGCCCCUCUCUGGCGGACCCCGGCAGAAGCACGAGAGUCCUGGGACAGAGCGGGUCCUAGAGUGGCUGUUUAUGUCCCAGGAGCAGCCGAAAGCCAAGAAGACCUGGGGACCACUGUCAUUCAGGGAUGUGUUUGUGGACUUUACCUGGGAGGAGUGGCGGCUGCUGGACCCAGCUCAGAAGCAUCUGUACAGGAGUGUGAUGCUGGAGAACUAUAGCAACCUGGUGUCCCUGGGGUAUCAGCACAGCAAACCCAGUGUCAUUGUCCAGUUGGAACAAAAAGAGCUGUGGACGAUGCAGAUCCUGGGUGAGGGCCAUGCAGAUGAAGUCUGGGAAAUUGACGGUUGUAUGGAAUGGCAUCAGGAAAAUCAAGGCAAGCUGGGAAGUAUGGCAAAAAGCUAUCAGUGUACUGCAUUUGGAGAACUAUGUCUUCUUAGUACAGAUUAUGUUUCUUCAAGUCAAAACCUUCACAAAUGUGUUGCAAAUGGAAAGAGCUUGAAACACAAUAUAGAUUUCAGUAGUAAUUAUGCUGGAAAGAAUCCUAAUGGGUUUCAUGCACAUAAGGAAUCAUCAUUCCAUUCUAAACAUGAGCAAGCUGUUAUUGGAAUGAAAUACUGUGAAAGUAAUGAGUCUGGAAAAACUGCCAACAGAAAGUCACAGCUCAUAUGCCAACAAAUACAUAUGGAAGGAAAACCCUGUGAAUGCAGUUACUGUGGGAAGGCCUUCAGCAGCAGGUCAUACCCUGUGGUGCAUCAGCAAACUCAUGCAGAAGAAAAACCCUACAAAUGUAAUGGAUGUGGGAAAGACUUCAUCAGCAAGUCCUACCUCAUUGUACAUCAGAGAACUCACACAGGACAGAAACCAUAUGAAUGCAGUGACUGUUGGAAAACUUUCAGUUUCAAUUCAGAACUUGUUAUACAUCAGAGAAUUCACACACAGGAGAAUCCCUAUGAAUGCUGUGAAUAUGGGAAAGUCUUCAGUAGGAAAGACCAGCUUCUUUCACACCAGAGAAUUCAUUCAGGACAGAAACCCUAUGGGUGUCAUGAAUGUGGGAAAGCUUUUGGUUUGAAAUCACAGCUCAUUAUACAUCAAAGAAUUCACACAGGAGAGAAACCCUAUGAGUGCAGUGAUUGUCAGAAAGCCUUUAAUACAAAGUCUAACCUCAUGGUACACCAGAGAACUCACACUGGGGAGAAACCCUAUGGUUGUAGUGAAUGUGGGAAGGCCUUUUCUUUCAAGUCACAGCUUAUUGUACAUCAGGGAGCACACACUGGAGUGAAACCCUAUGGGUGUAAUCAGUGUGGAAAAACCUUCAGUUUGAAGUCACAGCUCAUUGUACAUCAGAGAAGUCACAUGGGAGUGAAGCCCUAUGGAUGCAUUGAAUGUGGGAAAGCUUUUAGGAGCAAGUCCUACCUCAUUAUACAUCAGAGGACUCACACCGGAGAGAAACUCCAUGAAUGCAGGGAAUGUGGGAGAGCCUUCAGUUUCAAUUCACAACUUGUUAUACAUCAGAGAAUUCACACAGGGGAGAAUCCCUAUGAAUGCAGUGAAUGUGGGAAAGCCUUCAGUCGGAAAUACCAGCUCAUUUCACACCAGAGAACUCAUGCAGGGGAGAAGCCGUAUGAAUGCAGUGACUGUGGGAAAACUUUUGGUUUGAAGUCACAGCUUGUGAUACAUCAAAGAACUCACACAGGAGAGAAACCCUAUGAGUGCAGUGAUUGUCGGAAAGCCUUUAAUACAAAGUCAAAUCUUAUUGUACAUCAGAGAACCCACACAGGGGAGAAACCCUAUGGUUGUAGUGAAUGUGGGAAAGCCUUUACUUUCAAGUCACAGCUCAUUGUACAUCAGGGAGCACACACUGGGGUGAAACCCUAUGGAUGUAAUCAGUGUGGAAAAGCCUUCAGUUUGAAGUCACAGCUCAUUGUACAUCAGAGAAGUCACACUGGAGUGAAGCCCUAUGGAUGCAUUGAAUGUGGGAAAGCUUUUAGGAGCAAGUCCUACCUCAUUAUACACAUGAGGACUCACACAGGAGAGAAACCACAUGAAUGCAAUGAAUGCGGGAAAUCCUUCAGUUUCAAUUCACAGCUUAUUGUACACCAGAGAAUUCACACAGGGGAGAAUCCCUAUGAAUGCAGUGAAUGUGGGAAAGCCUUUAAUAGAAAAGAUCAGCUUCUCUCACAUCAACGAACUCAUGCUGGGGAGAAACCUUAUGGGUGCAGUGAGUGUGGGAAAGCCUUUAGUAGCAAGUCAUACCUUAUUAUACACAUGAGAACUCAUUCAGGUGAGAAACCAUAUGAAUGUCACAAGUGUGGGAAAGCCUUCAUUUGGAAGUCACUACUCAUUGUACAUGAGCGAACUCAUGCUGGGGAAAACCCUUAUAAAUGCAGUCAAUGUGAGAAAUCCUUCAGUGGAAAAUUACGACUCAUUGUACACCAGAGAAUGCACACAAGAGAGAAGCCCUAUGGUUGCAACGCGUGUGAAAAAGCCUUCCUGAGGAAAUCUCAGCUAAUUGUACAUCAGAGAACUCAUUCAGGGGAGAAACCCUAUGGCUGCAGCGACUGUGGGAAAACCUUCUCUCAGAAAUCCAUUCUCAGUGCACAUCAGAGGACUCACACAGGAGAGAAACCCUGUAAGUGUACUGAGUGUGGGAAAGCCUUUUGUUGGAAGUCACAGCUCAUUAUGCAUCAGAGAAUGCAUGCAGAUGAGAAACAUAAUGGUGAAUUAAAUGUAAGAAACUUUCUCUCAAAAGUGAAUUCACAGGAAUUUCCAGAAAACUUGUACAGGAAAGAAGCUCUGUAAAUGGAAUUAUCUUAUUGUACACCAUGUAUGUAUGGCAUGUGGAAGGGCAUCCACAGAAUGCUGCUUUUUAUACAUAAAAUAUAAUCAGUAAAUGUGCACACUGGACCCUGUGGAAGCAGUGAACCCUAUGAAAGUUCUUACCAGGAAGUCGCACCUUUUCUUUAAGUCUGCACCGGUGACAAACCAUAUGAAUGAAAUGAAUGUCAGAAAGGCAUUUUUUAAUAUACUAACAUCCUCAAAGAGGAAAUUCCAUAGUACAAAUGAAUAUUGAAUACAGUACUUUGAAAUUCAUACUUUAUUAUGAAUUAGGAUUUUAAUGAGAGAAAAUAUAAACGAAUGAAUUGCAGGUACCAGAAGCUCAUACCUUGGAGAAACCAAGCUAUAAGGGAAAUUCUUCAUCUAGAAAUAACAAAUUUCCCGUUAAAAAAAAAAAGGCAAAAUGUUUGAAUGAGUGAAAAUCUAUGCAUAUUUCAGAUGGGGUAAAGCCUUAGCAGGAAGGUUUCUUUACCAAUAUUUUGAUUCAAUGGAAAAAAUAAUUUGCUUUACAAUUUAAGGGAACUUAUGUUCCAGAUGUUCCAGAGUUUUAGGAAAAGAUUGGAGAAACUAUUCAAGUAUCAAUGAUAGGCGUGUUUAUAAAAAAACAUAAAGACUUUUGUGUAAAUAAAAGUAAUAACUAGGAUAACAGUAAGGAUUACAUUGUAUGGCCUGCAGAGAUGGUCACAUGUUACCUUCCUUUCUGUAGUAUAAAAUACAUUCUGUGUAGUUUGGCAUAUUCUUGUGAAUGCCGCAUUGGAUAAUAAGUUAGCUAGAUAACAAUACCAUUUCCCAGGGGUUUCUACUCUGCAUAGGAACAUUCUUCUUUAAAAAUACAACUUGUUACUAGAAUAAUAUGGCAUUAACAUGCAUUUCAAUACUUUAAACCUUUCCUAUUACUUUGUAUCCUUUGUAAAUGGUCCUGAAAGGUACCUCUUUAGUUAUGUAAUUGGUAUAGUGCACAUUUCAUGAAGUUAUGUAUCUGGAAUCUGUUCUGCCCUCUCUGGUUAGAACACCUUGAUUUUCUUUAAGAGAAUUCACAGUGUAUGCAGUAAUGA